UAAUUGGUGAAUGGAAGCUCAACCAGACAAGAUUAAUGAAGUACGUGUAAAAAAAUCACGGUUCCUGCAAAACAAGUGUUGUUUGCGCAGGCGUUUAUCAUCCCCAGUGGGAUUCCCCACCCGAUCCCCCCUCUACUUAUAAUCGGCGUGUAAUCAGCCAAAAAGAAAGAAGACAAGAAAAGAAAAGAGAAGAAAGAAAAGAAUGGAAGAUGGUGUAACUGAAGCUGAGAGCUUUCUUAUGCAGCCUAAAGAAGAAGAAGACAAUCAUCAUAUUGGUGAAGAAGAAAAACAAGAAAAGAAUAGUAAUAAUGAAGAUAAGGGAUCAGGUGGAAUUAUCGACAAUCUUAUUUCCCACUUCGUUUCUCCUUUGAAUCCAAUACAAAAAGAUGGUAAUAAAGAAGAAGAAGAAGAAGAAGAAGAAGAAGAAGAAGAUAAGCAAGUGAAGGCUCAUCUUCAAGAUCAGGAGACUGCUGGUGGCGGCAUAAUUGAUAACAUUGUUUCCCAUUUCCCUAAAUCCAUUCCAGAUGAAGCUGUUCCCACAACGGACGAGGCCACCAUUCUAAUUCACUCCAUUAUCCAUGAUUGAUUCAUUAGGAUUUAGAGAGAGCUAUAUACAGCCUUUGUGUUGUGUAAUAAUUUAGGUCAUGCAUUAUUCUUCAUUUUUUUUGAGGCCAAUGGGCUCUGUAUUUUCAUGUAUUUUUAUUUUGUAACUUACUUAUUUUCGUUCAUUUU